AUGGCUCGAAUGAACCACCCAGCUCCUGUGGAAGUCACUUAUAAGAACAUGAGAUUUCUUAAUCCAACCAAUGCGACCUUAAACAAAUUUAUAGAGGAACUUAAGAAGUAUGGAGUUACCACAACAGCAAGAAUAUGUGAAGCAACUUAUGACACUACUCUUGCGGAGAAAGAAGGCAUCCAUGUUCUCGAUUGGCCUUUUCAUGAUGGCGCACCACCAUUUAACCAGACUGUUGAUGAUUGGUUAAGUCUCGUGACAAUUAACUUCCACGAAGACCCUGGUUGUUGUAUUGCCGUUCAUUGUGUUGCAGGCCUUGGGAGAGGUCCAGUGCUUGUCGCCCUAGCAUUAAUUGAAGGUGGAAUGAAAUAUGAAGAUGCAAUACAGUUGAUAAGACAAAAGCAGCGUGGAGCUUUCAACAGCAAGCAACUUUUGUAUUUGGAGAAGUAUCGUCCUAAAAUGCGGCUGCGCUUCAAAAACUCCAAUGGUCAUAGGAACAACUGUUGCUUUCAAUAAAACUGGGGUGCCUGAUGCCAUUGCUUGGAAGUGGAACCUAGACAGGACGGAAU